GAGACCCGCUUCGAGAAAUGGAUGGCCAACCUCGAAGUGCAAGCUGCCGUUGAUCCCAGGAAAAAGUACCCGAACGAGAUGCUGCAAGAGCUCGCUAAGAAAUCCUUCAUCGAGUUUGAUUUCAUCAACUCCUCCGAAAGAGCGAAACACUCGCAGAUGAACGUCUCAAUCCCCAUCUUGAAUCCCACCGACCAAUCCUACUGGGAGGAGUUGCCAGCAUCCACGGGCUCCAGCUGUUCCCAAGAUGAGUCGGGUUGCUUUGUUUGCAACUCUGGCUACAGCCACUGUGUCCAUGAUGUAGCGGUGGGGAAGUUCGACCUCUGCGUCGCAGACAUGUGGAUCACGCCGUGCCGAAGCGCCAUCGUUCAGUUCCUGCCUCCCGUGCGCUUCGACAUGUUCUACCUGGUACAAGCCGCGAAGCCACGGACGGAGGGGGGUUGGGCAAUCCUGUUGAGUUCCAACAGGGUCUCAUGCAAGAUCGCAGGUUGGGGCUUUGCUUUUGGCAUGCUUGUGCUGACUUCUACCUACACGGCAAACUUGACAGACAUCUUGGCUUUGGAGCGCAUGCGGGUUACCAGUCUUCAGCGGUUGGAGGACGCCAAGGACAUGUCCAUUUGCGUGGACGAGGAGGCAUUGUCCCACUUUACACAAACGUAUCACACUCUCCUUGAGAACGUGACUUGGAGACCAGUGAAGAACAGUCGGGACAUACCCCAAUUGCUGCACGAUGCAAAUUGUGGUGCAGCUGUCAUGUACCAGGCAGCCAUUGACCGCAUGCACGCUGGGGAAUUUGCCGGGGACGGGCGGCCCUGGGACUACGACUGCAAGAUCAGAAAG